AUGGCCAGCCUUGUCCCAUCGGCCGCCGCGAGCGACGAGAAGCGUCAUCGGUUCUCGUUCCUCCACCGUAACCACAAGCGCAGCUCCGAGUCUCUAUCGACUCUCGCCCAGACCGAGACCGUGCCUCCAUACGAGAAGCACGCGGGCGGCGGCGACGCCGACAGCGACAGCAACAGCAGCAACGGCGACGACAUUGGCGCGCAGGGCGACAACCCACCCGCCUACGAUGAGCUCGACGGGACUGCGUCCACUGCUCGCGCCAAGAGCGUCGCGCCAAGCAUGUCGUUUGAGGGCGUCGCCCUCCAUCCCACGCUGGAGCUGCAGCUCGACACACAGGGCAAGUCUGUGUGCUCCGAUUUUGCCCGGAUGUCGCGCCCUGAUCCGAUCAACGUCUACAUGGUCAACAGCGACGACGGCACCGCCAUGUACAACCGACCGCCCGUCUUCAUUUCGCUCCGCGAGAAACGCAGCUCCAACUCGUGCACGCUCGUUGCCGGCGGCAGCUACGAUGCGCCGGGCAGCAGCAGCGGCAGCAGCAGUACCGACGAGCACCGCGUCCUGAGCACAACCGUCUACCGGGUCGGCCCGGGCCGCCCGCCGCGCAUUGCCCUCUUCGAUCCCAACCACGCUUCUUCCCUCUCCGUGGGCGACGACAGCACCGCGUGGGACCAUUUUGAGUUCACGGGCAAGUCCAUCUUCAACCGCGUCCGCGUCCUGCGCUCGCGCCUCGGCACCUUUGAGUGGCGCUACGCGACCCGCGACGAGCGCAAGGCCCUGUCCCAGGAGUUUAUCGACGCCGCCGCCGCCGAUGAUGGCGCGUCGCCCAACGACAAGGACAUCGUCAAGCACAACACCAUCAACAGCCUCAUGAUCCUCGAGCGUGUCACGCAGGUCUUUGGUUCGAUCAACAACAACAACAACGGCGGCGGCGCCAGCAGCAGCACCUUUGUUGGCAAGCCCCGCGAAGUCCGCCGCCCCGUGGCGCGCUUGAUCCGCAGCAACGCCCUGCGCACGCCUGGCACCAGUAAACACGAUGCCGGCAACGGCGGUCGCCUGCAGAUCGACCUGCACGAGUGGUUGUCGGUUGCCAAGGAAGCAGAGUUUGGCGAUGUCAAGACGGCGCCGCCGCAUGACUUGGACGGCCAGACCAACCGCGACAUGGUCGUCACUCUCGCCGUCGCGAGCUGCAUUAGCAUGUUAAAGAAGGAGCUUGACCGUCGCAGAGAUGCAGAGAUUGCCGCCGUUGUUUAG